GGCCGGUGUGUCCCCAAGGUCGACCGUUGUCCAUUCAAUACCUGUGGUCGACGCGUGCGCACCGCAGUACGGGGUAGCAUACAGCAUGGAUAAGACUUUGAUAGUGUUGGCGUGCCUUUUCGGCUUCGCCGUGGCUCAGUUCGGAAGCUUCGGAGCCAACGUUGGUGCUUACAACAGAAACCAGAACCAACAAGUUCAGCAGAACAGGCAGUUCCAGGAGGCCCCCAGGGUAGCUUCACCUGGAGCCUGCAGGGAACUGAACGAGAGAUACCCCGUGCCCGGCAGCUGCGAUAAAUAUGUUGAAUGCAUUAACGGAACAGCGGAGGAAAAGUUGUGCCCCGAUGGACUUCGUUUCAACCCCAACGUGAACUUCAACGGGUACCCUUGCCAGUACCCCAAUGAAGUGGCCUGUCUCGAACGAUCUGCUUUGCAGCCUGCCCAACCAACUGAGCAGUGCGAACACCAGUUCGGUUACUACAAGCUCGGAGACUCUCGCAACUGUAGCUACUUCAGGAACUGUGUCAAUGGAGUCGGCUACGAUCUGAAGUGCCCCGAGGGUCUGGCCUGGAGCUCAGCUUCUUACCGCUGCGAGUGGCCUGAUGAGGUCGAAGACUGUGACGCUGAAGCUUUCCUUGGCUUCCGCUGCCCAGCCGUCCCAGAAUCAAAGGAACUCGGCCCUCCGGCUGGCUUCAGAUUCUACAGGGCUGACAACGACUGCCAGAAAUACUUCCUCUGCAUCGGUACCAAGCCACGUGUGCUGUUCUGUGGUAAAAACACGGCCUAUGAUGAGCUCACCGGUACCUGCGUGUCUGCUGAAGAAGUGGCAGCAUGUCCUUCCGAACUGAGGGCUGAAGCAGCCCGCGCCAGGGAAGAGGCCAAGCAACUCCUUGAUAAGGAACUCGAGUUCAGCGCCAAAUCCACAGACAAAAGACGAUACUAAGCAAGCUAGGAAAACAAAUAACCUCUCGAAACUAUAGCAUCAUUUUGAUCUUUGAUGCUUUAGAGACUCUUAGAGCGGGUUGCAUCAAAUUUUCGGUCGAAUAAGAUGCCAAAAUGUUUGCUUAACUGAAAAUAUGUUGGCGUUUUCAUUUCAGAAACUUGUUAGCAUAUUAAUAUUUUAAACUUGAUGCAACCAGCUGUAUGCUAGUUUCGUAAUUAGUUCUAGUCUAAAGAAAACAAUUGAGUUACCGCAGCAUCUGUGUUAUGAAGUCAUAGAGUAUGCAAAUAUGUUUUAACAUAUGUUUUUUUGUUUGUAACUUUUUAUACAUCCACCCGUUCUGUUUUAUCAGGCUUUGUGUUAUAGUAACCAGUAAGAUCUAGGAUAAGAUUAAUGUCAUAAGGAUUUUCUGUUAUAUAAGUUUCACAACAUCAGAAUCACCAUCUUGUAUUUUAAACAUACUUUUGUACCGAUACCAAAAAUUAUGGUAUCAAUAGAUAAGAUGUAAAAGAAUAUCUUGUUACAAUAAAGUGAAAUAUCCAAGA